UGUCAUACAAUAGGCUCAGCCGUGUAUAAUAUUUACCAUAAUAUAAAUACACGCACAUAUAAACGUUGUGAGUUACACAAAUUUAUCGAGUCACAGGGCGCGCGGCGCUGCUUUUAUGUAUUAUACGCAUAUCGGUACCAGCGAGAGGCACUGAUAAAAUUGUCUUGCCGUGUGUCUGCUUCUGUGUAUCAUAAGCCGCGAGCUGAGCUGUUUUUGCGCGAGAAUCGUCCGUCGUCGACAAUUGCACUCCGCGAUAAAGGCGAUACGUAUAUAUAUUAUUUAUUUAUAAAUACAAAUAACAACGCAGUCUUGAUUCGACGAAUUGUUGAAACUUUGUUAAACGGCCCAGCGCCCAUACUAUAAUUAUCGCGGCGACGAAUUCAUAAUCCAAUGGCCGUUCAAAACGAUUGAUAGCUAAGAAGUAUAGUUAUUUUCAUUAUUAGCAGCAAAUGCAUUUUAUAUAUUGCAUUGUAAGCUGACGUAACGAUCGUCGCCUUUUGCACUGUAGUCUCUGCCGCGGACCAAACGAUUGUUGUGUCUGCGUGUGUGUUCAGCAGUGUGCGAUAUACCUAUAUUUAUCACGAAGUCAUAAAACCCGCAGAGAGGAGCACAUCUUCGUUUUCUUGCAAGUCGUUCAAAGUGAGUGAACAGUCUUCAUCAUGAAUCCAGUGAGUGUUGAUAAAGAAUUGCUGCAACAGGUGUUGCAGCUAAUUCGGAAGCCUGGUUUUGAUAUUAAGUCUUUGACUUAUCUGGACUUAUUGGCCAAACAUGUAAAUACGGAGUUGAAAACGGGUGAUAAAGCCAUCCAAGAAAUACUUACAGAAUGGUUUGAAGAAGCCAUGAAUACUUGGACCAGUGACAAUAAACCAUCAGCGAAUAUUUCAAUUUUUAUUGUAAAUUUGUUGGGAAUUUUGUGCUCAGAAGAAGUUAUACUUCUUAGAUUUAACAAGCAUAAGACUAUUGAUAAAGCUCUUAUAAUUUUUAAUUAUAAAAAUGUUAAUAUGUCAGCUUCAAUGAAAAUGGCAUACCUUCACUUUUUUGUAAGUUUGUUGAAUCAUGAAAGUGGUAUGCAAUGGAUCUACACAGAAAAGAUUUGGAAACAAGUUUUGAUGAUAGCACAAUCAAAUCAUACAAUCUAUGUUACAAAUGAAUGUCAACAUUUUUUAUCAACGAUACUCAUUAAUAGGUGCAGUGAUAAACCUUUCUGCAAGGAAAUAAUUAUCACUAUGAGUGAACCAUUCAUUGAAGCAACUACAGCAGCAAUGAGUAAUACAGACAUAACUUUUGGUGAUCACAUGUGUUUGGAUAAAAAUAAAUUACUAAUAACAACUAUGAAUCUACUUAUUGCUGUUAUGGAACAUUCUGCAUUUUAUGAUCUAGAAAAUACCAUUCCGGAACAAUUGGAAGAAAUUUUGGAUUUAGAAAAACGGGCUAGAGGUUUAUUGCAGGCUUGUAUUAGUACAUCAUUAAUGAAAACUGCUCACAAAUUGUGCAAAAUUAUAAUUUUUGCAAAGCUUAGAAAUGCUAUGAAAAAACCAGAGAAUUCAGAGGAAGUAAGCGAAGAAGUCCUUCAAGAGUUUAGUGAUAGUUUGUGUUCUAAUUCUACUUUAUUAUUAAAUAAGAAAUUUUUAAUAGAAUUAAUUAAUUCUAAAAAAAUGGGAAUUAUAUAUUGGAAUCGGUUGUAUAAGAUAAAAAAGAUUAAAGGAGCUACACCGUACAAAUUUGAAGAUCAAGCUAUGACUUUGUUGAUACUACCAUUAUGUGUAGCCACAAAACCUGAAUAUAAGUUAGCUCAUUCUUUAUUUGUCGAUUACAUAAAUAAAAUAUUUCAUGUGACCUGCACAUCAGUGCAAAGGUUGGGAUAUAACAUACGUGAAGUACUAAUGAAAGAACCAGUACCAGUGGAAAAAAUUUGCAUAACAUCUAUUGAAAAUGCCCUGGAAGUUAUUGAUAUUAUAGAUAGAGAAACAGCUGUUUUGGCAUUUCAAGCCAUAUGUCAUACCCUGAAAAAUUUUAUCAUGGAGUCAAAAACAAAAGGGGAAGAUGGAAAAAAUGAUGAAACUGAAAAAAUAUGCUGCAAAGAUCAUCCUGAAGAUUGUCCUUUAUUUGACUUUUUACCCAAAAAAGUUAAAAAGGGAGUUGUUCCAAUGAAACAUUUUUUAGAUGGCGAUCCUAUUGUAGAAAAACCUCUAUUACUUGCAGCUUUAUUAAAAGGAAUGAAUACAUUUAUUGAGAAAUUUAAACUCAACUGGAAAGAGUGUGUUGAAACUGUCUGUAUUUUAUCUAUUGCUUUAGAUAUUCUUGAUUAUCCUGGUGUUGAUUCAAGGGUUUGUGUUUUAGCAUUGAAAACUUGUCAGAUAGCUAUAGAAAAUUUCAUGUCACCAAAUUUAGUUUUACUGGUUGAUAGUGAUGAUGAAACAAAACAACUUGGACCCACUUUGUUCAAGAGGAUCCAUGAUACUCGUUGGGAAGUGCAAGAUAGCGCUUUUGAAUUACUAGGAACUAUUGCAAAACUUUCAGAAAUGAAAUAUCCUCCUUUUCAACGAUUCAUACACGAAAAUAAUUUUAUACCAGUUGCCAUAGAAGUGAUAAAGAGUGAAACGGAGAGUUAUACACGUGCUGCAGCAUUAUCUUUUUUAUCAAAAUCCAUUGGAGUGACUUAUUUAUGGACGAGGCAACUUGAAAAACUAGAUUUACCGGAAUUGGCAAUAAAGUUGAUUACUACAGAGAAAGAAGGAAUAGUCAGACGCGAGGCUGUUAGUCUUCUAACGAAUUUGUACAAACAUAAAAUUUGGCCAAAUGAAAUGGUUACGCGUAUGGCCCAAACAAUGGCAAUAGCAGCAGUAAAUGAUCUGCAUUGGGAAGUGAAACUUAAUGCCUUACUAUUCUGGCGACUUUUUAUUAAAAAUUGUUUGACAGAUCAAGGUAUGCUGGAUGACUGCUUUCCUCCAAACUUAUUUUGUAAAGAAGUCCGUAAAAUCAUCAUUCUCAACGAAGAUGAGAUUAAACGCCGGCUUACCAAAACACUAGAUUUGUUGGCAAGUCAUUGUUGUUUAGGGGUACUCUUAACAACAUUACACGAUCAGAGUGACUUUGAAGUUACAAAGUUAGCAGCCAUGGUAAUAAUAGAAUUGCGUACCAUUUUAACAAGAUACAAAAUCGAUGCACCUAUUGAAACAAAAUCAGAGGAAAUUAUUCCAAUAAUUGAAAAACUUGAAGUGAAAUCUAACACCAGAGAAAGGCUAGAUGAGCGUGAAAUGGACGCCGUUAUUGAUGAUAUUAUUUUAACUUCAGAUACCAAUCUGUUGCCAACAUUAAGCAGUCAACCAGACGAGCAGGAUAUUGCUGAAAUUGAAAAAAAUAAUAAAAAAGUUUUAGCAGAACUUGCUCUUAUUGAUAGAAAACAAUUUCUUCGGGAGAUAAUGCCAUUUGACUUUGAUUCUUAUAUUAAGAAAAAAUCUGAAUGGCUCAAAACUUAUACUUCUAGUUUCAACUCAGUACUUGAGGAUAUAAUUACUUUGAGUGAUAACGACGAUAUGAACGUGAUGGAUUGUUAUUGAAAAAAAAAAAUAAAGUGAUUUUAUUACUUUUGUACCAUAGUUAGAUUACUGUGAUAAAUACUAAAUGUAGCUGUUUUGGGGAUUAUACUGUUCUUGUGGAUUGGUAAAAAAUAAGUUUUUCACAAUGCAAAUUUAGUAAAUGAAAAAUUUCUUUAAAAUAUACCAAGUAUUUAAUCUUAUUAGGGUUCAGUUGCCAUUAAAAAAUGAGGAAGUUUUUUCAACAUAUUUAGGUUUAAAUUUUAGCAGGUGAUGAAGCUUUAACAAACAAUAAACAACCAAUUUUCAUAAAAAAAUGUUUAAUUAUAUUUUCAUUUUUGGUAUUUGUACAUAUACAUUUAGUAUUUGAAUAAACGUUUAUUUAUACAAGAGUA